UUUGGCCAAGUCACUUCUGAUGAAUCAGUAGGCUAAUUAAUUGUAAUGGUCUAAUUUGGUAACCGUUUAAUUAGUGGUUGUAGAUUAGAAUAUCUCUUCUUGAUAGUUUAGAGAUUGUGACAGUGGCAACACAGUUUUGAAGAUGAAGGACCGACUGGAACAGUUGAAGGCGAAAAGUGAUGUGGCUGGGGACGAUGUGGAGGUUCCAGUGGAGAACCAAGCCUUUAUGGAUGACUUCUUCGCCCAGAUUGAGGAGAUUCGCAGCAGCAUCGAUAAGAUAGAUGAGAGUGUGGCGCAAGCAAAGAAGCUGUACUCGACCAUCCUCUCCGCCCCUACAUCAGAGCAGAAGACGCAAGAUGACUUGGAGGCGGUCACCAACGACAUCAAGAAAGCAGCCGGCACCGCUCGCAACAAACUAAAGAGUAUCGAGAAGCAACUUGAGACAAACACAGAGGAACGGUCGUCAGCAGACACGAGGAUCCGGAAGUCCCAGCAUGCCAUCCUGGCCAAGAAGUUUGUGGAGGUGAUGACCAAGUACAACGAGGCUCAGACGGACUUUAGAGACAAGAGCAAAGGCCGCAUCGCCCGGCAGCUGGAGAUCACGGGAAAAACAACAACCGACGAGGAGCUGGAGGAGAUGUUGGAAGGAGGGAACGCAGCCGUCUUCACCGCAGGGAUCAUGGAGUCGGGUAUAUCGAAGCAGGCGUUGAAUGAGAUUGAGGCGCGGCACAAAGACAUUGUGAGGCUGGAGAGCAGCAUCAAAGAGCUUCAUGACAUGUUCGUGGACAUUGCUAUGCUGGUGGAGAACCAGGGCGGUAUGAUUGACAAGAUUGAGAGCAACAUGGACCAAUCGGUGGGCUUCGUAGAGCGGGCGGUUGCCGACACCAAGAAAGCAGCCAAAUUUCAGCAGGAGGCCCGUAGGAAGCAGAUGAUGAUCAUGUGUUGCUGUGUCAUCCUCUGUGUCAUCGGAGGGUCCUUCCUCUACAGCUUUAUCAAAUAGGAAAUACCGUCCGGGUGAAGUUGAAGAGGAGUGUCCCAGAUUACCCCCAGUCUAACCUGGGUGGAUGGAUCAACAGUGGACACUGUCUGUCAAGAGAUACAUUCAGCGCUACUCAGAGGAGAUACACCUCAGUCCGGCUAAAGGCCUUCCACAC